AUAUCUCUAGAUCUCUUUCCUUCUCUCUCUCACUCUCUCACUCUCCAAAGACAACAAUGCCAAACGCGGGAUCUGAGCGGGGAGCUUCACUGUCACUGAGAAAGCAUGACACGGCCACCUUCUCCGAUAAGUUACCGUCGACCAAACAACGCUUUUCGUCGCCGGCAACAGGAGCAUCAGCCUGUCCUUCCUUUAGAAUUUACUACUACGACGGAGCCGCCGGUUCCGUCCCUUUCGAAUGGGAAUCUCAUCCAGGCACACCCAAACACCCAUCCUCUGAGCUACCUACUCUGCCACCUCUCACUCCUCCGCCGUCUCAUUUCUCUUUCUCCGGUGACCAAAUCCGGCGCCGUUCCAAAAACUCCACCAAGAAAAUCCUCGCACUAAUCCCGACCAAGCUCUUCUGGUUAUCGGGCGAUCAUAGUAGCAAGGCCAAGAAACUGUCGGCAUCGUCACCACCAUCUAUGUCGGAGAGAGUGUUGAUCGAUGAGAAUGAGUACGAUCUGUUCAAGUUUCAGUCGGAAAGGAACGUCAUGCGAAGAUUUUCAUCCUUCGACUCUUCUGCUGACUACCCCAUUCAGCGAUCACAAUCCACCUCUUGCUUCGGAAUCCGCAGAUAAGACGAUGCGACUGUUUUCGUCGCCGAUAAAUCGACUAUGAUGAAGUCUCUCUAUCGCUCGUUUUCUCCUACUUCCCGCCACCAGAUCCUCCUUCGGAUGUAUUCUCCGUCGGCGAGGAAGAUAAUGAGUUCCUCUCCGAUUCGAAAGACGCAAACUACAUCGUUUGAAUCACUCAAUGAUUAUGACGAGCAAUUUCCACCACUUACUGGCGGCUCUAAGAAGAAGAAGGUUUCACCAACAAGUGAGGUUGAUCUUGGUUCUACCAAUCCCUGUAAAAGUUCACAGUUUCAAAAUUGGACAAGGGGUAAGGAUGCUUUGUCUUUGCAGACGAAUUUUGGAUGUAAGCAUAGGGAUCAAGGUACAAGGAGGAGCCGGGCUUCACGGUCUUUAGAUGAAGAAGCGAAUGUGACAACUUUUGAGGUUGCCGCUGGUACUGGCUCACGAACAAGUGUUGUUGAGCUUGAUUCUACCAACCCUUCUUCUCCGAGUAAGAGUUCACAAUCUCAUAAUUUGAAAAUCCGCAAGGUUAGGAAUCACAGAAAUUCUGGAUUCAAGAGUAGGGUUCAAAGUCCUAAGAGGAAAGAGGAUCCGCCUUUCGACAUUUGUUCUUCAGUCAUCGAGAGAAAUGAUACAAGCAUAAACGAUUGGGCUUUGGCGGAUGAAACAAACGGGGAAACUGUUGAAGUUAGUAACAAACACAGAGUUCUGAGGCCUGGAAUGGUGCUUCUUAAAGACUUCCUUACGCAUGAUAUACAGGUUGACAUUGUGAAAACAUGCCGAGAACUUGGUGUUAAGCCCGCAGGAUUUUACCAACCGGGAUAUAGAGUUGGUUCAAAGCUUCAUCUGCAAAUGAUGUGCCUUGGGAGAAACUGGGAUCCACAGACCAAGUACAGUAAAAACACUGACAUAGAUAGUAAAGCACCCGACAUCCCUGUUGCAUUUAGUGUCUUGGUAGAAGAGGCGAUCCGGGAAGCACAUGCUCUCAUCGACAGAGAAUCAGGAACAGAAGAUGCAGAGAGGAUACUUCCAGUGAUGUCACCAGACAUUUGCAUAGUCAACUUCUACUCAGAAAGUGGAAGACUUGGUCUCCACCAGGACCGUGACGAAAGCCAAGAGAGUAUAGUAAAAGGGUUGCCGAUAGUCUCCUUCUCAAUAGGUGAUUCUGCAGAGUUCUUGUACGGAGAGAAAAGAGACGUAGAAGAAGCAGAAGGAGUGAUAUUAGAAUCAGGAGAUGUGUUGAUAUUCGGGGGAGAAUCUAGGAUGAUGUUCCAUGGGGUCAAGUCCAUCAUACCAAACUCAGCUCCCAUGUCUCUACUCAAUGAGUCCAAGCUUCGAACCGGACGGGACUUGAUGGUCUCCAGGCUCUCUCAAUCUUCCGUUACCGUUGUCACCAAUCACCGCUACAACGACGACGACUGCGCCUCCACUCACGAUGAUUCCCGCAUGUCCAUCAUCGCCUCUCCCACGGUCGCUAGCGGCAGCUAUGAGAAUCUCUCCGCCGCCACAAGCAUGGCAUACUUGCCUCAGACUCUUGUGCUCUGCGACCUUAGACACGACGCCUCCGAGGCCUUAGACAUCGUCCAAUCCCCCAGAUGGCGCCUUAAAGAGCGAAUGAAAACAGGAUGUGUAGCUCUAGUUAUGUGUUUGCACAUUACCGUUGAUCCCCCUGAUGUUAUUAAGAUUUCUCCAUGCGCAACACUGGAAUGCUGGAUAGAUCCAUUUUCUAUGUAUCCGCCAAGAAGAGCUCUUGAGACUAUAGGCCAAAGCUUGAGCAUUCAGUACGAGAGAUGGCUGCCUCGGGCUCGAUAUAAGGUGGAACUGGAUCCUACAAAGGACGAUGUCAGGAAGCUGUGCUUGUCUUGCCGGAAAACUGCUAAGACUGAGCGAGUUUUGUUUCAUUAUAACGGCCAUGGUGUCCCUAAACCUACACCUAAUGGUGAAAUCUGGGUUUACAAUAAGAAUUUUACGCAGUACAUUCCCUUGCCAGUUAGCGAACUUGAUUCCUGGUUGAAGACACCCGCAAUUUACGUUUUUGACUGCUCUGCUGCUAGGGUCAUUGUCAAUGCCUUCGCUGAGCUUCACGAUGGGGAAUCUUCUGGCUCGUCUGGGCCCCCGAAAGACUGCAUUCUACUGGCUGCUUGUGAUGUACAUGAGACACUUCCUCAGAGUGUUGAAUUUCCAGCUGACGUGUUUACUUCUUGCCUCACGACACCUAUUAAGAUCGCAUUGAAAUGGUUCUGCAGACGUUCUCUUCUGAAGGAAUAUAUAGAUGAAUCACUUAUUGAUAGAAUUCCCGGCCGCCAAAAUGACCGCAAAACAUUGUUAGGAGAGUUGAACUGGAUCUUUACUGCAGUCACGGACACCAUUGCCUGGAAUGUGCUUCCUCGCGAACUUUUCCAGAGAUUAUUCAGACAGGACUUGUUGGUUGCUAGCCUUUUCCGGAAUUUCUUACUUGCUGAGAGGAUAAUGCGGUCCGGGAAUUGUACCCCAAUAUCCCAUCCUAUGCUACCUCCUACGCAUCAGCAUCAUAUGUGGGAUGCAUGGGACAUGGCUGCUGAAAUCUGCCUUUCUCAGCUUCCUAAACUUUUUCUGGACUCAAAUACGGAGUUUCAGCCAAGUCUAUUUUUUACUGAGCAACUGACAGCUUUUGAGGUCUGGCUUGAUCAUGGAUCUGAGCAUAAGAAGCCACCGGAGCAGUUGCCUAUUGUUCUUCAGGUCUUACUUAGCCAGUGCCAUCGGUUUCGUGCUCUUGUACUUCUUGGACGAUUUCUUGAUAUGGGUCCUUGGGCUGUUGAUUUGGCCUUAUCCGUUGGAAUAUAUCCUUGCGUAGUAAAGCUGCUGCAGCAAACAACUAUUGAGCUACGGCAGAUUCUUGUUUUCAUAUGGACAAAGAUUCUUGCAUUUGAUAAGUCAUGUCAAGUAGAUCUUGUGAAGGACCGGGGCCACAUAUAUUUCAUCCGAUUUUUAGAUAGUUCUGAUGCAUUCCCAGAACAACGUGCUAUGGCUGCGUUUGUUUUGGCUGUUAUUGUCGAUGGCUACAAACAAGGCCAAGAAUCUUGUCUUGAAGCUAAUUUAAUUGGUGUUUGUCUGGGCCACCUCGAAGCAACCCAACCAUGUGAUCCACCGCCAGAACCAUUGUUUCUUCAAUGGCUUUGUCUUUGUCUUGGAAAGUUGUGGGAGGACUUUGUGGAGGCCCAGAUAAUGGGUAAGGAGGCAAAUGCUUCUGAGAAGUUGAUACCUCUGCUUUCCGAGGCCCAACCAGAGGUCAGGGCUGCUGCUGUUUUUGCCUUGGGUACCUUACUUGAUGUUGGGUUUGACUCUGGUAAAGGUGUUCGUGACGAAGAAUUUGAUGAUGAUGAAAAUAUUAUAAUUGAAGAUAUUAUGAUAAAAAGUCUCUUAGAUGUAGUUUCAGAUGGGAGCCCGCUUGUCCGAGCAGAGGUUGCUGUAGCUCUCGCACGGUUUGCCUUUGGACACAAACAGCAUCUAAAGUCAGUUGCAGCUUCAUAUUGGAAGCCCCAAAGUUCUCUGCGAACUUCUUUCCCUUCAAUGGCCAAGUUUCACGACGCUGGAACUUCAACAAUUGUUUCUUCACACAUGGGUUCUCUGACUAGAGGUAGCCCUGAUAGCCAACCAGUGGCUCGUGAAGGGAGGAUCUCAAGCAGCCUCCAUGAAGCUUCUUCCGGGCCAAUGCAAGGAUCUCCAUUAUCUGAUGAUUCUUCCUUGCAUUCUGAUUCUGGAAUCAUCCAUGAUGGUGUCAACAAUGGAGUUGUCCAUCAGCCAAGACCGCUGGAUAAUGCUAUAUAUUCGCAGUGUGUUCUGGCUAUGUUUACGUUAGCUAAAGAUCCAUCUCCGCGUAUUGCAAGCCUUGGGCGGCGUGUGCUAUCUGUUAUUGGGAUUGAACAAAUUGUUGCAGCAUCAGCAUCUCACACUCCUUUGGCUGGCCUAGUUCGCUCAUCCUCAUGGUUUGAUAUGCAUACAGGUCACCUGCCGCUAACAUUUAGGACUCCUCCGGUAAGCCCUCCUCAAACAAGUUAUUUAACUGGACUGAGGAGAGUUUGUUCACUAGAGCUCCGACCUCAUCUGCUGGGUUCUCCAGACUCUGGAUUGGCUGAUCCGCUUUUAGGCGUAAGCGGGUCUGAACGGAGUUUGCUUCCACAAUCAACUAUCUACAACUGGAGCUGUGGUUACUUUUCUAAACCUCUUCUUGGUGGAGCAGAUGCUAAUGAAGAGAUAGUAGGCCAAAGAGAAGAGAAAGAAAAGUUUUCGCUUGAGCAUAUUGCAAAAUGCCAGCAUUCAUCAAUCAGCGGGAUCAACAAUAUUCCUAUUGCUAAUUGGGAUACAAAGUUUGAAACGGGAACAAAGACGGCCCUCCUUCACCCUUUUUCUCCUAUUGUAGUUGCUGCCGAUGAGAAUGAACGGAUCAGAGUGUGGAAUUACGAGGAAGCAACUCUUCUUAAUGGCUUUGAUAAUCACGAUUUUCCCGACAAAGGAAUUUCAAAGCUCUGCUUUGUCAAUGAACUUGAUGACUCUCUGCUACUUGUUGCCUCAUGCGAUGGAUCAGUCCGUAUAUGGAAAGACUACGCAACAAAGGGUAGACAAAAACUUGUCACGGGGUUUUCUUCAAUCCAAGGUCACAAGCCUGGUGCACGUGGCCUGAACGCUGUCGUGGACUGGCAACAGCAGUCGGGUUACCUGUAUGUUUCUGGGGAAUCGUCAUCAAUCAUGCUUUGGGACCUGGAGAGAGAACAGCUCGUCAAAUCUGUGCCCUCUGAAUCAGAGUGCAGCGUCACAGCCCUUUCGGCUUCUCAAGUGCAUGGGAGUCAACUUGCUGCUGGUUUUGCGGAUGGAUCUGUAAGACUCUACGACGUUCGGACACCUGACUUGCUUGUGUGUGCCACUCGGCCUCAUCAGAGAGUAGAAAAAGUAGUUGGACUCAGCUUUCAGCCUGGACUCGAUCCGGCAAAGAUUGUGAGCGCAUCACAAGCAGGUGACAUUCAGUUUCUGGACCUAAAAAUAACAAAGAAGACAUACCUAACGAUAGACGCGCACCGAGGAUCACUGACAGCAUUGGGUGUCCAUAGACACGCUCCAAUCAUAGCGAGCGGGUCAGCCAAACAGCUAAUAAAAGUGUUCAGCCUUAAGGGAGAACAACUUGGGAUCAUAAAGUACCACACUUCCUUCAUGGCCCAAAAGAUUGGCCCAGUCAGUUGCCUCGCCUUUCACCCUUACCAGGUAUUGCUAGCUGCCGGAGCUGCUGGCUCCUUCGUCUCUUUAUACACCCACCACAACACGCAACCACCUAGAUAGAUCAUGACAACUAGUAAGUUAGUGAAUGCAAAGUGAAUUUAGGGAGUUGGGGUAAAAUUGGGUAUUAUUUGUAGAGUUGAUUAAUUAGCCUCCGAUGAAAAGAUGCAAGCAAUACUAAUUGAGGAGGCUUUGCCAAAUAAAUUUGUGGCUAUAUU